GCAAGCGGUGCAAAUAUAAAAUCAGGAAAAAGCGAUGUGGGAAACAAAUUGAUGUAUGAACAUAAACCAAAUAGUGAAAUCUGCUUCGGAAGGUUAUUUAUACGUUUCCUUCUCUAAAAGAGCCGAAGGGAAGAUUUGGUGAAGGAUUCUGAUAAACAGGACUGUAAAAGAAGUUUAGGGGAAUUUCCUCUGUUUAAUCGGAUCUCCUGCAGUCAUGGCUCCCUCGCUGGCCACUGCCUUCUCCAGGCGCUGGUGGAUGGCAAUUACUGCGGUUAUUGAAAGCCUGCUGUUCUCUGCUGUGCUUCUCGGAUGGGGCUCGCUGCUCAUUAUGCUGAAAUCAGAGGGCUUUUACUCCUACCUCUGCAGAGAGCCAGGACAUAAUGCAUCUGACAAUGAAAAUAGCACAACGACGAUCCCAGCGGGUGAGGAAGAAGAGGAAUUUCUUCAGAUGAACGGCUGGCUGAUCUGUAAAAAGCAAGAUGAGAUGCUGAACCUGGCAUUCACCAUCGGUUCCUUCCUCCUCAGCGCUAUCACCUUGCCUCUUGGCAUCAUCAUGGACAAAUACGGCCCACGCAAAUUGCGUUUGCUCGGCAGUGCCUCCUUUGCUGUUUCCUGCAUGCUUAUUGCAUACGGAGCCAGCGAUCCAAGAAAUCUUUCCAUCUUGAUUUUCUUUGCCCUUGCGCUGAACGGGUUUGGAGGCAUGUGCAUGACCUUCACCUCGCUCACGCUUCCCAACAUGUUUGGUGAUCUUCGUUCGACUUUUAUCGCACUCAUGAUUGGCUCGUACGCAUCUUCUGCUGUCACCUUCCCAGGAAUAAAGGUGAUCUACGAUCUUGGUGUUGCCUUUAUUACGAUCCUGCUGGUGUGGGCCGGCUGUGCUGGUCUGGUCUUUAUUAACUGCUUCUUCAACUGGCCGCUCGAACCCUUUCCAGGACCUGAGGAUAUGGAUUACACUGUGAAGAUCAAGUUCAGCUGGCUGGGCUUUGACCAUAAGAUCACAGGGAAACAGUUUUACAGGCAGGUGACCACAGUGGGUCGGAGGUUGAGUGUGGGCAAUUCCAUGAAAACCCAACCCAAUCAACUGGCCACCCAAGAGGGCAAUAAACUCUGCCUCUCCACCGUCGAUCUGGAGGUCCAGUGCAAACCAGAAGAGGAAUCCCAAUCCUUCAUGAAGAGCAUCUUCAGCCCUAUAUUCAUGCUCAGUCUCAUCACAAUGUGUGUGACUCAGCUCAGACUCAUCUUCUACAUGGGAGCCAUGAACAACAUUCUGGAGUCGCUUGCUAACGGAGACCUGAACAAAGUGGAGAGGAUGGAAAUGGUGAGCACGUACACAUCUAUUUUCGGGGUGCUGCAGUUGCUCUGCCUCAUAACAGCCCCUGUGAUUGGUUACAUCAUGGAUUGGAGACUCAAAGACUGCGAGGAGGAAAAUGAGAAACAAGUGACGAAGGAUCCUACCCAACCAAAGAAACGUGACAAGCAGAUCCAGAAAAUCAGUAAUGCUACCCGUGCAUUCACCUUCACUAACUUGCUGCUGGUCGGCUUUGGGGUGAUCUGCUUGGUGCCCAAUCUUCAUCUACAGAUUUUGUCAUUUGUGUUGCACACCAUCGUGAGAGGCUUUAUUCACUCUGCAGUUGGUGGGUUGUAUGCUGCUGUAUAUCCCUCCUCUCAGUUUGGCAGUCUGACAGGAAUGCAGUCUCUUAUUAGCGCACUUUUCGCAUUGCUGCAGCAGCCUCUCUUUAUGGCCAUGAUGGGUCCGCUGGAAGGAGAUCCUCUCUGGGUAAACGUGGGGUUACUCAUCGUAAGCAUGCUGGGAUUCUGCCUGCCCGGCUAUCUUCUCUGCUACAGCAGGCAGCUGCGCAGACAGAAGCAGGAACGUGAGGAAGACCCCAAGAUCUACGUCCAGAUCAACGGCACAACCCCAGAGACCUUCGUCUGAUUCCGACGCGCCGACGACAUCAGCCGGCCACAGAGAGCGAGAGGAAGGAGGAAAAGAGGGGGAGAGGACUGCAAGUCACUAGAGGAGUGAUUAAAAUCUCCCUGUUUCCUCCAUCCGACUACAACUGCACUCAGACACCGUCGCAUUAACACAAACACACAGCCAAAGCAACCAAGAGAGUUUCACAACGUGCCACAUAAACACGUUUACGUACUUUCCUAAAUAAUUGGAUCGAAGGAACACUGUGAAAAGCAAGUGUUAGAAGACACGCCCUCUCCUCUCAUAUACAAACGGCACGUCACCUGUGAUAAACUGAUACUCUUGUGCUAACAAAAACAAGGACGACAUGUAAAGUUCAUGCAUUGCCUGAUAAGAAAGAAUGGGAAAUGUUGCCCCAUGUUUUUUAUUGUGAUUUAUUUCUUUUUCACAUCAUGGUGAUACAAAGAAAAAAGAGCACAUUGUCAGUGCAAUUGACUUCUUUGCAAAGUGCACCACUAGUGUUAACUCUUUAGUGCCAGGAAUCAAGCUUGUUUCCUACUUAGCCAAACACUUGUUAGUGAUUAUGAGGCCGUAUCUAAAAUCGUCUGAUCUUGAAUCUGCAAUUAGAGACUGACUGUCAAUACGUCUCUAGUAGACAUAGUAGAUAGAUAUAUAAUCUCAUAUAUACCAGCAUGGAUGGCAUUGGCAUGAAACUGCAGCUUUUUCUGAGCUGAUUUUCAAAGCACCUGAGGCUAAAGAUUUCUCAGAGAUUUCUGCUAUUUGCUUUGGCAUGCAUUGGAUUCAGUAUAUCUAAAAGAGAGAGAGAGAGAUACUGCACAUGUCAGUCCAUUCAGAAGCUCGUAGAUGUCAUGUGGGUCUAGAUAAUGUUUGGGUUAAAAAAUCAUUCACAUUUAAAUCGUGAGUGACUGAUCUCCACCAGCAAUAUUAUACCACAUGGUUCACAACGUUAACCUGAAGGUGUUUCCUACAGUAUACUGUAUAACUGAGCUUCAGCUUUGUUAGCACAGUGUGUUUUCACUUUGUAUUACUUGGUUUGUUUUCAUUCAAACAAUUGAUCAGGGUGUUUCACUUUUAAAGUAAUAAUUCAUAUCUGAUGAAUUUACCUGCAAUAUGAUCCCUUUUAUUAUGUAUCCUGACGGGGUUCAAAACGAGACCUAAAUACUUACAAAAAAAGAGAUUGGGGUAAAUCAUAGAUGUCUUUAUUUUAUAUAUCUUGCACUACAGCAAACAUGGCUUUACAGUUACACAGGUGCUUAAGUUUGCCAUUACAUAGUAUGUGUAAGUGUAUGUUAGCCAUACAGUGCAAACGAUUGUUGUGUAUGAUCUCAAUAGUUCUGGGGUGAUUACAGAUCUAAGGUGCUUAAAACAGGAUUUUUAACUCCUUAAAAACUCCUGUACUAUAGAUAGAAAGGGUGAUAAGAACUUGAAUUUAAUUUAUGACGAGAAAAGGGACAUGCUUGAUAACAAUUUCUUCAGUCGAUCCAUUUGCAGUAUUGUGUAGAUCACAUAAAUGAAUUUAGCUUCUACAUGGAAAGGCCAUUCUGGCAAGUUUAAAUGUAAUCUGGCCAUAAUUUACCACACUUACCUUACCAUAACCGAGAGACAUCUCUACACAUAGACAAGUGCAUGCACAUUUUAACACACAGUUGUGUGUCGAGAUAAAAACAAUCAGAUCCGUCCAGCCCCAUCAUAGUUUUCGUGAAUAUUUCAGAUGUGUCCUGGAUGGACUGCCUAUACAUUGCACUCAGAUGCAGUAUUAUACUAAGCGUAAUGAAUGUGAGAGCGAAAUCAUUUGCUGUCCGAACAAGAAAAGUAGCACUUUUUGUCACUGCCAUACUUUAAAUUUUUAUUGUUUUUCUUACGUACAGUCAGAAUUGUUGGUUUAGUUUGUUAGUUUAUUACACCUCAUUGUAUGUUUAUGAAAAAAAGUGUUUAUACAGAGAUGUAAGAGGGAGAGUGCAGGACUCACACAAGUGUUUUCUCACUGAAACGUAUUGUGUCUCUUAGUGCAUAGCGUUGUUUACUAUUCCUCAUUGUAUGCCAAUUUUCUUUUUAUGUGUACACUGGUUUUCUUUUUUACCUUUUUGUGGGUGCUUAUAUAUUGUACCUUUAUGUUACUUUAAUCACUAUGUAGAAAAUUAUGACUUUUGAUCAAUUGUCCCAGUAAUUGUCAUAACAGAAAAUCAAAUAUGUGAAAUAAAAUCAGAUUCAUUUGUGUUAA